AUGAAAAUAAAAGAAAUUAAUGACGAAAUAGAUAAUCAAUAUAAUAAUAUUUUAAAAGAAGUUGAAACUAUAACUACAACAACAGCAACAGCAACAGCAAUAACAGAAGAAGAUGAUUAUACAAAAUAUAUAUACUCAAAUAUAUUCAAACAUUUAAAUAAAGGUGAAAUGGAUCAAUGUAUAGAGUUAAUUGAAAAAGAUCAUUCAUUAGUAUUUUCAACUGAAGAUCAUUAUGGAAUGACAAUACUUCAUUUAGCAUCACAAAAAAAGAUGAGAAGAUUAGUUAAAAGAAUUUUAGACAUUGUUUCAGAUGAUGACUUACUCUCAACAAGAUUUAAUAUUGAUACAGUUGAUUUAAAUAAUAAUACAGCAUUACAUUAUGCAUGUACUUCAUCAAUUAAUGAUAUUACAACAUUAACUCAACAACAACAACAACAACAGCAACAACAACAAUCUGUUAAUCAAAUUACAAAUAAUAAUAGUAGUGAUAUUAAUAGUUUUAUGUAUUUAAAAGAAAAGAAAUCAAAUAGAUUUUCAAUUGUAAAAUUAUUAUUGGAAAGAGGUGCAUCAUCAUCGAUUUCAAAUAAAAUGAAUUUGUUACCAAUUCAUUUAGCAUGUAAAGAAGUUGAUUUUAAAAUUGUUGAAUUAUUAAUAGAGAAUCAUAAUGACUAUUCAGUGAAUAUGAUGGAACCACAAGCUAAAGUAUUAGAUUCAAUUAAUUUUUCAUUAUUAUUUCAAUCACUUCAAACUAGUUCUGAUAAAUUCUUAACAAAUCAUGAAAAAGAAAGAAAUGAAAAGAAAAAAGAAAUAAUCCUAAGUAAAAUCGAUCCAAAUUUAAAAUGUAUUAAAAAUGGUCCAAAUUGUUUACAUUAUUCAUUAUCAAAUUUAAAAAGAAUUAAAGAAGUUACAUUAUCAUUAUUUUUAUCUUUUACCAAUAAUUCUUCAUCUUCACCACCACCACCACCAACCUCCUCCUCUUCUUCUUCUUCUUCUUCUUCUGAUUCAACAUCACCACAAAUUAGUCAAGAUUUAUCAAUGUUAGAAAGAAAUCAUCCAUUAAUUAAAUUGAUUAAAUUAUUAUUACAAAAAUCAUGUAAACCGAAUCAUAUUGAUGAAACUACAGGCAAAUCACCAUUUCAUCAAUUAAUUGAUAUUUUCCCAACUGAAGAGAAUGAUUUAAUUGAAUUUUUUAAAAUUGAUGAUCAACAAGUUCAACAAAUUUUACAACAACAACCCCAACAACAACCACAACAACAAAGACAAAAUAAUAAUAAUAAUAGUAAUUUUAUAAUUGAAAAUCAUCAUAAAGAAGAAUUUAAAAAUAUGAUUUCGAAUUUAAUUUAUUCAAUUACAAGAUUAUUUCAACAAUAUAAAUAUGAUUUCACAUUAUCAAGUAGAAAAUCAAUAAUGGAAAGUGAUAAAGAUAUUGAAGAAACUCCAUUAGGUCAAUGUUGUAUUUAUCCAACUAAAAAAUUUAUAUUAGAACAAAUUUUAAAUUUUUUUAAAAAUCAUAAUAAUAAUAAUAAUAAUAAUAAUGAAAAAAUUAUAAAUUCAAUUAAUUCACAUGGUCAACCAGCAUUAUUUAUAGCAUGUUCAUAUGGUAAUGUUGAAUGUGUCGAUUUAUUAUUAGAGAAUGGUGCAGAUCCAAAUAUUAAAGAUAAAUAUGGUUCAACUAUGCUUCAUGAAUCAUUAAAUUUUAAACAUUAUGAAAUCGUAAAGAAAUUAGUAUUAUGUGGUGCAAAUGUUAAUGAGAAAAUGUCAGUAUUCCCUCAAUCAACACCAUUACAUAUUGCAGCUUCUCAAUUAUCAUUUGAAAUGUGUCAUUUCUUUGUUGAACAUGGUGCAUUAUUAAAUGUUUUUGAUUCUGAAAAACAAACUCCAAAAGAUAUAAUAUUACAACUACAACAACAACAAUUAUUAAAUGAUAAAGAAGAUGAAAAUUAUCAAGAAUUAAAAGAUUUCUUUGAAUUUCAUAUUCAAAUUAAUUUAAUUGAAAUUUCAAGUUUUGUAGUUUUUAAAGGUGAUUAUAAGAAAAAGAUUAGAGAAUUUAUUCAUUCAAAAGAGAGAAAUUCAAAGAUUGUUGAUAAAUAUAUGAAUCAAAUUUUUAAUGGUGGUGGUGCUGAUGAUGAAGAGAAACUUGAUCAAUUGGUUUCAAAUAGUGAUCAAAUUAAUAUACCUUUAAAAGAAAUUAAAUCUUCAACUAAAAGAAUUAAAAUUAAAUCUUCAAACGAUACUUUAUUUAAAUAUGUUAAUUUAUAUAAUCAAACUUUUAAUCAUCUAUUACAUAUAAUUCAAAAUAGAUUUAAACCUUCUACAACAACUACAACCACAACCACUUCCUCAAAUGAAAUUACAAUUGAACAAUUUGAAAAGAAUUUUAUUAAAUCAAUUACAUUAUUACCAAAUGUUUCUUUAAAUUCAAAAGAUGAUCAAAAUUUAGAUUUUUUAAGAGACGACGAUGAAAUUGUUGUGGAAUUUUAUUAA